AUGCCCACAGGCCGAGAUCUGCACGCCGCUGCCGACGUGGCGCUGGACGAGUUUCCCGUCUGUGUGGAGCUUCUAAACACGGACAAUGACCCUUCCAUUGAUCCCAUCCCAGGGGUCUCCCCAGAAGUGUCUUCGCCACUAGAGCCACAGUGCACAGAUAGAGCCACAAGUGACGCCAGUGCUCAGCCUAACACCGCGGCAGUGUGUGAGCUCGCUGAACAUGCAGAACAUGCAGAACAGCAGGUCAUCUGCGAUCAGCCAGUUAGUCUGGGGCCGGACGCAGAGGACGCAACGGAAUAUGCGGAGGAGGGAAGCUCACCUCAGGAGACUGAUGCAAGUUGGGUAGGCUGGAGCUCAUGGGGGAAAUCCAUUUUGUCCAGUGCAACCUCGUCUGUGGGUCAGAGUCUGAGCUCUGUGAAGGUGAAGGCUGGAGAGGCACUGCGUCUCCACAGGACGUCUGUGGGAGAGGAGGCUCAGGAGGACGUGGCUGCAGAGACCUCUCACCCUAUCGAGUCGCCCACUUCUAAUAGAGGAGUGUUUUCAUCAAUCACUCAUGCAGGAAAAUCUGUGAUCAGCGGUGGUCUGGAUGCGCUGGAGUUCAUCGGGAAGAAGACCAUGACUGUACUAGCCGAGAGCGACCCUGGUUUCAAAAAGACUAAAAUACUCAUGGAAAAAACGGCAUCCCUGAGUCAGAUGUUGAAAGAAGCCAAAGAAAAGGAACGUGCCCGACUCUGUGACCAUCCAAUCAGUGCUCCCACUGCUCACUAUGGCAUUUUAUUUGAUGAUUACCAGGGCCUUUCACAUCUCGAGGCUCUUGAGAUCUUGUCUAACGAGAGCGAAGCCAAAGUUCAAACCUUCCUGUCGUCACUGACCAAAACAGAGCAGGAAGAGGUGAAAACUGAAUUGAUUUUUAUAAAAGACAUCUUCUACAAGCAAGAGGAUGAAGAAGAGACCAGAGAAGAAACCGAAUUGAAAGAAGGCGAGGCGCAAGUGGCCAAGGACAAUGGUGAUCCACGUUCCUAUUUACACUGUUCUACCCCCCUCUCGUCUGAUGGCGAGGAGUUCCUGGGCAUUCUCACUGAGCUGUUGUUUGAACUUCAUGUUGCAGCCACACCAGACAAACUCAACAAGGCUCGCAGGAGAGCCCACGAUUGGGUGAGGGAGGCGGAGAGGUCUGUCACUACGGAUACGGUUGGCAAGGAAACAGAGGACCAACUGAAUAAAGAGGUGCUGGAUGGGGAAAACACAAAUGGAGGAAAUGAACAAGAAAAAAGUGAAGAUUCAAAUGAAGAAACAAAUGAGAAAGACCUAAGAUCAGUGGAUGCCGUCUACCUGUCGUCAGUCGGGAGUCUGGCUGAAGUGACUGCGCGCAGUAUUGAGCAGCUCCACAAGGUGGCAGAGCUAAUCCUCCAUGGCCAAGAGCAAGAGAAAGCUGCCAGAGAUCAGGCCCAGGUCCUGACAAGGUUAACAUGUGCUAUGUGUCAAGAAGUAGAGAGUUUGGCCAAGAAAUUUGCUGACACGCUGCUUAAUGUCGGGAGUCCGAAGAAGGCAGAGGAGCUGAAUCCACUGGUGGACACCGUACUACAUGAGGGCUCCAAUAGCACAGUCUACAUUCAGAAUGCAUUUCAGCUGUUGCUUCCAGUCUUGCAGAUCUCUCAUAUCCAGAGCCUGCAAUGCCACAACACAGGACAAGAGGAGGGCACUAAGCACUAA